UACACACACACCACACACACUCUCAAACGCUUUGUGGACGCAUGACGCUCUUCACAUCAGAAGGACAGACCUCAGUCGAGUCUCGAGCGCAUUAUGCGUCUCCUCUGUGAUGCACCUCAACUCUCCUCAUAACAUCUCCAGAUCUCUCGAACACACUCCUCUAAGUCCUCAGACAGACCCGACGAUGGCUGAAGAGGACAGAGUUUCGGACGCAAACACGGACAGCACGAACUUUAGCGUGUUAAGCUGGGAGCAGGUCCAGCGCCUGGACCUCAUCCUGACGGAGAGCAUCCCGAUCCACGGCCGAGGAAACUUCCCCACGCUGCAGAUGAAGCCGCGGGAGAUCGUGACCGCGGUGCGGGGGCGCAUGCGGGAGCAGGGCAUCCAUGUGCGGGACACGCGGCUCAACGGGUCCGCCGCCAGCCACGUCCUGCUCGGGGACAGCGGGCUCGGCUACAAGGACCUGGACCUCAUAUUCUGCGUGGACCUGAAGGGAGAGACGGAGUUUCAGAUCGUCAAGAACAUAGUGCUGGACUGUCUGUUGGACUUUUUACCUGAUGGGGUCAACAAAGAGAAAAUCACACCGUUGACCCUGAAGGAGGCAUAUGUGCAGAAGAUGGUGAAAGUGUGCAAUGAUUCGGACCGCUGGAGUCUCAUCUCUCUCUCCAACAACCGGGGCAAAAAUGUAGAGCUCAAGUUCGUGGACUCUUUGCGCCGGCAGUUCGAGUUCAGUGUCGAUUCUUUCCAGAUCAAGCUAGACUCUCUGCUUCUUUUCUACGAGUGCUCCGAGAACCCCAUGGCCAAAACGUUUCACCCCACCAUCAUCGGCGAGAGCGUGUACGGAGACUUCGGCGCCGCAUUGGACCACUUGCGCAACAAGGUGAUCUGCACGAGGAACCCCGAGGAGAUCCGAGGAGGAGGCCUGCUGAAGUACUGCCAUCUUCUGGUGAGGGGUUUUCGCGCCGCCUCCGAGUCGGAGAUGAAGUCUCUCCAGCGCUACAUGUGCUCCCGCUUCUUUAUCGACUUCUCGGACAUCAGCGAACAGCAGCGCAAGCUGGAGUCUUACCUCCAGAACCACUUUGUGGGCUUGGAGGACCGCAAGUACGAUUAUCUGACGACUCUGCACGGGGUGGUGAACGAGAGCACGGUGUGUCUGAUGGGACACGAGCGGCGACAGGCCUUAGGGUUGAUCGCCAUGCUGGCGGUGCGUGUGCUGGCCGAGCAGAACGUCAUACCCAACGUGGCCAAUGUCACUUGCUAUUACCAACCUGCCCCUUAUGUAGCAGACGGUAACUUCAGCAAUUAUUACAUUGCCCAAGUGCAGCCGGUCUUCACCUGCCAUCAGCAAACCUACUCCACGUGGCUACCGUGCAACUGAGAGAUGGUGAAAAAGAUGAGCUGAAUCAUUGCAUUGUCGUAAGGGAGAUGAAGUUGUUUCGCAAUUGUCUCACUUCCCCAAUGUGCACCGAUGCUCGAGUGACAUGAACCGGGCUCAGUGUAAAACAGCUCCAGUGGGUUUUUUGUUCAUGUGCUGUUUUCUGAAAUAAGAUGGCCAUUGCUAACACCAGUUUGGAGGGCAACUUCUGCUUAAUUUGUGAGGCUUUAAACGUACUAACAUGCGUUUCUGACCGGUUGACACUAUCAAAAACGUUUCAUCUCAGCCAUUUGAUGCAUCAGAAGGGAACCACGAGGUGUCGUUGCACCCUU